AUGGUCGGCUUCGGAAGACUGCGAGCAAUGUCGUGCGGCGUGAUACAAGGCAAUGGAAGGGAUAAUGUUGACUCGGAUGAAGCCGCUCCCUUGGAAGGAAACACUUGGGAUUCGCCCACGCACCUGUCACUGGAAGAAGCGCGAAUUAAUGAGCAGAGAAAGCGAGAGGCCUGGUCCGAAGACGAGAGGCGAUUUGAACUUACAAGGAAACACAGGAGAUGCUCCACCUUUUCCGGUGCUAUCCACGAAGCUCAUUCGGCUCGAGUGACUCCUCAGGGAAGCGGUUACGGAGAAGCUGGUGGGACGACUGAUUCCGGAGCGCGACUCAGUCGAGGUAGAGGGCGAUCGCUGACGGCACCGUCCACGAACACGAGCAUUCAGUUGCCCGUGAACACGGACCGAGUCAGCUCAACCCGUCUCAGUUCAUCAGAUUCCUCCCGCUUCCCCCCCGGAGCUCAUAGUGCCCCCAGGACCGCUUCUCCCCUUGCUCUUGUGGGCACAAGUCGUGACCACGUUGGCUAUGGAGGUCCGUCGACAGCCCAGGGCGAGCAAGCGUCCAGAAGGGAGACGUUUAGCCCAACCCUCCAGCGUGUACCCAGUCAAAGCGUCCCGGAUCUGCCUUUGAGAUCUGCUUCGGACAUUUUAACCCAUGGAGGACAAGGCAGGACACGUGCGAGUAGUGUGUCCGGCGAAGAACUCCCCAAGCAAUACCUGCCAGGCCACCGCCGUGGCGGUUCCUAUGAUAUUAACAAGUCUCUUCCUAGUCCACCAUCAAUACGCGCCGACCCCAAGUUGUGGCCGUUUUCAACCCCGCCUGAUAAACUUUUACCGUGUCUAGCGGUGCCUAUCCCUAAGCCCCUAUUGCUAACCACCCUUCAGAGGCACUCGUUCACCGCCCUGAAUCCCGAAGUCAGGCCAGCAUGCCCCCUUUUCCAAGCCGCCCUGAGCUCCAAGUGGAGCGUCUUCCUGCGCCGCUUUCCGUCGCCUUAUCGUCACCUGAAACUGCGCAGACCUCAUACGAUCAUAGUAGAGGAGCCGGUGGCGAUCAGAGCUACACAUCACCAGGAUUAA